AACGCGCGGGGCGCGCGGGGGCCGCUGCUCUCCCACGGCCGGGGCGCCCGGGCCGCAGAGCCCGCCAGCCCCGUGCAGCGCCGCGGCCUCCAGCGCGCGGGCAGGCGAGCGAACGGGCGCAGCCGGGGAAUGCCUGGACCCCGGGGAGCAGCGGGGCUGGAGGCGGCUGCGGGCUUCAGGGCAACUUCACCCGGCGGGCUGCGGCGUGGUCUCAUAUAAGAACUACAGCUCAUCAAGAGGAGAUCGCAGCAGGGUAAGAGACACCAACACCAUGUUCUGCACGAAGCUCAAGGAUCUCAAGAUCACAGGGGAGUGUCCUUUCUCCUUACUGGCACCAGGUCAAGUUCCUAAAGAGUCUGCAGAGGAGGCAGCAGGAAGCUCAGAGAUCUGCAAAGCAACCGUGCCCAUCUGUCAAGACAUUCCUGAGAAGAACAUACAAGAAAGUCUUCCUCAAAGAAAAACCAGUCGGAGCCGAGUCUAUCUUCACACUUUGGCAGAGAGUAUUUGCAAACUGAUUUUCCCAGAGUUUGAACGGCUGAAUCUUGCACUUCAGAGAACAUUGGCAAAGCACAAAAUUAAAGAAAGCAGGAAAUAUUUGGAAAGAGAAGACUUUGAAAAAAUAGUUGCAGAACAAGCAGUUGCAGCAGGAGUUCCAGUGGAGAUCAUCAAAGAAUCUCUCGGCGAAGAGCUUUUUAAAAUAUGUUACGAGGAAGAUGAAAACAUCCUAGGAGUGGUUGGAGGCACCCUGAAAGAUUUUUUAAACAGCUUUAGUACCCUUCUGAAACAGAGCAGCCAUUGCCAAGAAGCAGGAAAAAGGGGCAGGCUUGAGGAUGCCUCCAUUCUGUGCCUGGAUAAGGAGGACGAUUUUCUGCAUGUUUACUACUUCUUCCCUAAGAGAACCACAUCCCUGAUUCUUCCGGGCAUCAUAAAGGCAGCCGCUCACACAUUAUAUGAAACCGAAGUAGAAGUGUCAUUAAUGCCUCCCUGCUUCCAUAACGACUGCAGCGAGUUUGUGAAUCAGCCCUAUUUGUUGUACUACGUUCAUGUGAAAAGCACCAAACCAUCCCUGUCCCCCAGCAAACCCCAGUCCUCGCUGGUGAUUCCCACAUCACUCUUCUGCAAGACAUUUCCAUUCCAUUUCAUGUUUGACAAAGAUAUGACGAUUCUGCAAUUUGGCAAUGGCAUUAGAAGGCUGAUGAACAGGAGAGACUUUCAAGGAAAGCCCAAUUUUGAAGAAUACUUUGAAAUUCUGACUCCAAAAAUCAACCAGACGUUUAGUGGGAUCAUGACUAUGUUGAAUAUGCAGUUUGUUGUGCGAGUGAGGAGAUGGGACAACUCUGUGAAGAAAUCUUCAAGGGUUAUGGACCUCAAAGGCCAAAUGAUCUACAUUGUUGAAUCCAGUGCAAUCUUGUUUUUGGGGUCACCCUGUGUGGACAGAUUAGAAGAUUUUACAGGACGAGGGCUCUACCUCUCGGACAUCCCAAUUCACAAUGCACUGAGGGAUGUGGUCUUGAUAGGGGAACAAGCCCGAGCUCAAGAUGGCCUGAAGAAGAGGCUGGGGAAGCUGAAGGCCACCCUUGAGCAAGCCCACCAAGCCCUGGAGGAGGAGAAGAAAAAGACAGUAGAUCUUUUGUGCUCCAUAUUUCCCUGUGAGGUUGCUCAGCAGCUAUGGCAAGGGCAAGUUGUGCAAGCCAAGAAGUUCAGUAAUGUCACGAUGCUCUUCUCAGACAUCGUUGGGUUCACUGCCAUCUGCUCCCAGUGCUCACCACUGCAGGUCAUCACGAUGCUCAACGCACUCUACACUCGCUUUGACCAGCAGUGUGGAGAGCUGGAUGUCUACAAGGUGGAGACCAUUGGCGAUGCCUAUUGUGUAGCUGGGGGAUUACACAAAGAGAGUGAUACUCAUGCUGUUCAGAUAGCACUGAUGGCCUUGAAGAUGAUGGAACUCUCUGAUGAAGUUAUGUCUCCCCAUGGAGAACCUAUCAAGAUGCGAAUUGGACUGCAUUCUGGAUCAGUUUUUGCGGGCGUUGUUGGAGUUAAAAUGCCUCGUUACUGUCUUUUUGGAAACAAUGUCACUCUGGCUAACAAAUUUGAGUCCUGCAGUGUACCACGAAAAAUCAAUGUCAGUCCAACAACUUACAGAUUACUCAAAGACUGCCCUGGUUUUGUGUUUACCCCUCGAUCAAGGGAGGAACUCCCACCGAACUUCCCCAGUGAAAUUCCUGGAAUCUGCCAUUUCCUGGAUGCUUACCAACAAGGAACAAACUCAAAGCCAUGGUUCCAAAAGAAAAAUGUGGAAGAUGGCAAUGCCAAUUUUUUAGGCAAAGCGUCGGGAAUAGAUUAGCAACCUAUAUGCUUCUUUAGAAGUCUUUGGGGUUUCACUCAUUGAAGAUGUGUGGACCCUCUGAAAGCACUUUAGGAUUGUAGAUGGCUAACGAGCAGUGUUAAAAUUUCAGGAGCCAACUCACAAUCUACUCUUUCUUUCAUUUAACCUAACAAAAUGUGUUCACUUCAGUACUACAGCUCUUCUGUUAAAAAGAAAAAAAAAGAAAGAAAGAAACCUUAAAAAGUUACUAUUUGGGUAGUAUUUCUGUUAUAUAACCAUCACUUAUUAUCUGUACUCAAAAUUCAGCAUCUUGUACAUAUAUCAGAUAAUUGUAGUUAAUUGUACAAACUGGAGUCACCUGCAAUCUGAUAUCCUGGUGAAAUGCCGUGGUUAUUAAAGUGUGUUUGUGAUAGUGUUGUCUUAAAAAAGGAUUUUGAAUAGAAGUUACAUUCUUUGACACUGUAAGUUCUUUCAAACUUUCAACUCUGCAUUUUAUUGCAUUUUCUCAUUUAACUGUUAGCAUAUGUUUGAAUAUAGGGUGACCUUUUUUUCUCUAUUGUAUUUUCUUCUUUUUUUCUUUUUAGAAAAUAAGCAAUUAGGGGUUAGAUGCUAUAUGAAUAUAAAAUAGUUCUGUAAAUAUCAAAUAUUAUUUUUAGUUCUUGAAGUUACAAAUACUCUCCAUAGUAAUGUGUGUUAUAACAAUAAAUAUUUCUUUUGUUUGACUUUUUUAAAUUCUACAAUGGUAAAGGCUAUUUUAAUUCAUAUUAGUGAUUUAAUUCCUAUUAAUUCAUUUUACUAUAACGAUAGCUAAGUAUUCAAGAAAAAAGAGGUUUGUAUCUUGUAUUAAAUUGCAGUAAUAUAACUCUAAUCUAAUUUAGCUGAAAGCAACAUGGGAAUAAAGUAAUGAUCCAGAGGACCCACCAUAAAGGACAUUGGUAAAACAUUCACACACGUGCACAUACAUGCAGGCACACUUGGAGCAAUGUGGACCUACUUCAGCAGACAUCUUCUGUUGCCAUGAUGAGCCAUUUACAAUUUUAAGAAGAAAAUCUAAGUACGGAAGUAGAAAUAAGACUUGUUCUUUUGUGGGUAUCUCAUUUUUCAUGAGUAUUUGAGAUGAACAUUUUGGUGUAUGUUUAAGAAUCAAGUUUUUGUUUCAUCAUUAAAUAUACAUAUAAGUUUGUUUAUUCUAUUUGAAAUAUCUUGAUUUUUUUAAGAGACUCAGUAUUGAUAAAGCAAAUAAGGCAGUGACUACAUUAUGGAAAUUUCUGAUAUUUUUUUCUAGAGCUUCACCUUUUUUCUUUGAUUUUACAUAAACCUUUAAGCAGCUAUGAUCUUUUAAUUUUAAUUAUGUCAGUUGAAGUUUUCUGGUGAACUAAAAUAUAUACAGUUUGGUUGGGCAUAAGGAUUUGAUUUUUAAAAGCUCAAAUUUAAAGCAAGAAAAAGAUGAACGUUAAACGGUUUUAAAAUCAAUAUUAGCAGAGCCAUAGAUGUGCUAAACUCUUAAUUGGGGUUCUGAGAAUCAGUUUAAAAAUUCUUUGAUUGCCUUCAUUUGUGCCCAGGCUUCCCCACAGUGACAUCAGGAAUAGUUAUUACUGAUUGGCCUCUAGUAUUCCGAGGGUACUGCUAUAGAUAAUACAAUAAUGUUGUUUACUAAGGGCUAACCCAGUGUCUUACAGGACUGACUUUGACUCAAUGAACACUCACCCUAUUAUUAGAAAGUACCAUAGGCCUUGAGAAAGUAUAGUUACAGCCUCACAAAUAUACGAAGUUAAAUCACUACUUACAAUUAAAAUAAAAAUAUAAAUACAUUUUUCCUUCUAGGACCAAACUCUUAUGGGGAAAUAAUAGAAACAAAGAAAAUGUAAAAGCAUAAAAUGGAAUGUAGUCUUGAUCAAACAUUUCUGCAGACCUCAAUUUGCUAGUGAUUUGUACUCAAAAAGUUUAUAAUUCAGUUAGAAUUUAGAAAGUAUUUUCUGUGUUUGUGAUAGAUUAGCAUAUAUACAAAACAAACGGGAAAUGUAUGUAAUCUUGAUGAAAAGUUGCGUGAGAGUUUCUUGUACUAUUCAUGCAACUUUUCUAUAAAUUUGGCAUUUUAUCUAAAUAAAAAACUACCAAAAACUUUUUCACAGAGAAAUUAAAUCAUCUGUGGUCGAUUCCCCAGACCAGCUUACAAAGGCCCAUUAAAUAUAGAAUAAUCUAUGGAUCUUAAAGAAGAUGAACAUACAUUUCCAUGACAGAGUACAUAUGAAAUUCACAAUUUAGUUGCUAAAACAUUUAAGGAAUUUCUUUCUUCCCUAUCUUAUCUGCUUCAGAUCCAGACCAGUGAUGGUAGCCAGAGUAGAGAACAUAGAUUCUUAAAAUAAAUAAGGGAACAAAGUCAGAGCUUGUGAGUUAUUGAGGAUGGAAAAAAAGUGGACAAACAGGGCCUGUAAUCAGGUUGGGAACUAUGGGUACUGAAUUAUGUUGCCAUUUAACUAUCCCCAAAAUAAGAUUGGGUCUCAAGACUGCUUCCCUAACAGACUGUUUCUCCUGAAAAUUCAGGGGCUGUUCCUUCUGUUCUGAUGAUAUGGUUUCCAUUCAUGGCUUCUUGUUCUGUUAUUUUUUGUGUGUCAAGUGCCCUAUAUAAAUUAGCUCCUUAAACAUAUUUCUCAAGCAAGCACAGAGUUAUACUGAAGUUUUCUAAAGAUGCUUUGCAUCAGGAAGCAAAGGGAAAUACAGAAUUAAAAUGUUUCUUCCCAUUUUGCUUUGCCUUUUUAUAUCUAUCUAGAUUUUGUCAGAAAAUGCAAAGCGUAUAUUUAAGAAAACCAGAAUACAAAUAGAUUCGUUUUAUCGUUUUCAUUUAUUCAUUCAUCCAGAAUUAUUGAAUACUUACUAUGUGCCAGGAAUAUUGCAAUAUUUUUGAAAUUUAAAGGUAAAGUAUGGCCCAAAAUCAAGAAAGGAAAGUAAAAGACAAAUAGAAGACAUAAUUACAACAUUCUGUGAGAGCAGAAAGUCGGGGACUCUGCUUAGAGAAGUCUUUGGUCUUAGAGUUCAUCAAGCAGAGAGGAGGAAGGGCAUGGUCUAGACAGAUAAAUUACCACACACAAAGAGAUGGAGUCUUGGGGGUGUGUAGCAUGUUCUGGACAGUCAGUUGCCUGGGAUGAGUUGGGAGGAGGGAGAAUAAGGACAAAAGACCAUCUGGACAAAAAUCACCAAGGGUUAUGUGUGUCACGUAGAGGUGUGCCAUGAGAGUUGUCAAUAUUACUAUUGUAACAUUAAUAUAUAGUAAUUAAUAACUAUACAUGACACAGCUUUAUGUGACCUUAAAUAGUUAUCAACAUUAUUACCAUAAUAGUAAUAUUAACUAUAAUAAGAGCUAUUAUUCACUUGAGGCACUUUUUCAAAAUAGAUCUUACAAAAGAAACAAAAAGAAGCAGUAAAACGUGAAAAAUCAGAUCCAUUGGCUUCUGUUUCCCUCUCCAACUGUUUUAAAGCUACUAGAUAAGAGAGGGAUCAAGUCUUCAGGGAAGUGAAUGGUAUGAUCAGAUGUGUGUUUUCCAAAGACUAUCAGAAAUAGGAUAAUUUUCAAGACCUGGGAAAUAUUUGUAUCCAUAGAUAAGGAGAGACAGGAUGGGUAUUUACUUGCCUGGGUGACUAAAGAAACAUCUGUUUAUGGCUCAAGGGAAAAUGAUUUAUUUUAUAUCCUGGAUAUUUUGCCACAAACAUGAGCAAAAAGCUGGAAUGUCUGGCCUUGGAAUUUUAUAGCAUUCUCAAGGCCAUUAGUCUUUCAGAUCCUUUGGUAGGGAGGGAAGAAGAGUUGCCUCAGCAUUUUAACUAACCUGUCUGCCAAAUUUCUUCUUCCUGAUAUUUCCAGCCACAGCAAGGCAAAGACUUCCCAGCCCUGUCUCAGGUUAGGUGAGAAGAAAGCAUGGGAUGGAAGAGGGUGGUUGUCUGUGGUAGGCCUCACAAAUGACAGAGAUGAAUAAACAAGAGUGUCUAGUCCCAGUGGUGUCUGAGGAAUCAGUUCUCAGAGACUACCCAGCUGGAAAACUGCCCAGAUGGAGCUUCACAUGCAAAGCCCCAAUGAAGUCUAGUGCCGCAGAAUGCUUUAAACCCACCGUCAAGCCCCUGUUGAUGAAAUGUUAGUAGCCCCAAGCAGAAUCGGUUAAUGAAUUACUGCAGUAGUAUCAGGUGCAUGGGUUUGACCUACAUAAAUCAUUAUUAAUAAGUAAAAUGGAAUAUUUGACACAUACUUGUUGAGGAGCUUGUUUGAUCACUACCUUUCACUGAACAAUAAAACAGAUCAUUGAUGUCACCUCAUUUUGCACUUUGAUGCUAUUUCACUUUCAGGUGGUUGCACUUGGACAGUUAAACGGAGGCCGACUUGAAGGGUGCAGAGAUGGAGAACGUGGCACAUGUGAGAGGUGGGAGGGCAGAGACGCCUUGCAGUUCCUGUGAGGAGGGACUUACCAUCUCCUCCAAAACAGAAAUUCAGGGCUGCAGAGACGGUAGGGAAGUGCAGUUCACUUGUCAAAACACAGGCUAAAAGCAGGGACUGCUUAACUUACUAAGCAGAGAAAACCGAAUGUCCUUUUCAACCAAAAUUUACAAACGUUAGAGUUUAUGGUCCUUCUUAGGAUACUUUUCAAGACUUGGGAAAUAUUUGUAUCCUUUGGUGAGAAGAAGAAGGAUCAAUUACUAAAGCCGUAAGAUUUCAGUAACGAAGGCAAUUAGUCCUUUGUCAUCUGUGUUGUUUGGUUUUCUUCUGUUCUUACCAUGUCAGCUACUAGAUCUUUGAUGAACUGUUGCUCUCCUAUAAAUGUUUCUUUUAUUAUAUUGAUGGUAUGCACUCAUUCAGUAUUCUUAUUUUAAGCCGCGUUAAGCACUAUACAUUUAAUUGCCAUCUGUAUAUCCCUCUAAGCAGCUUGGCUUAUAACAGCCACACCUGCAUCUGUUUUGACUACCCUGCAUAACCCACACGUUUUUUCAUUUAAAACUAUCCUAUUACCUUGUUAUUUAUGUCCAUUUCUUUUCAUAUACAGAGUCUGCCAAAAUAGUAGCAAAAGCUUUAUCAACGUAUAGAUUUCAAUAAAAAAAAAAAAAACUAAGCAAAAGGAAAAAAAUGUGAUAUUCUAAAAGCCACACUUCUUUUAUCACCAGUACAGUUUUUUCCAUCAUCAUAAACUUAGUUUCAUGAACAUGUUAAUAUCUUAGAUUUAAACAUUGGGGUAGAAAUCAGGAUAAAAUUUAAAUGGCAUAUCCAGACUUAAUCUCAGAUAUUCUGGUUGAAGAUAGAUAAAGUUGUGGCUGCCUUUCAAGUUUUUUAAAUUUUUUAAAUUAUAUAAUGUCAGAAAAUUAAAUCGCAAAUGAGCCUUCCAGAUUGUGAGGAAAAUUACUUGGCUGAAAAUGACAUCGCAUAAUGAACAAAUCUUAAAGUAUCUGCUCGGAUGUUUGUUUCAUCUGAAAUGCUGCCAAAUCCAUCUGUAUUGAGGAAAGAACUAUGAGGUAGUUUCAGAGAAACUGAAAACAAAACACAGCAAAACAAAAAUGCUAUUACAGAAAUUGGACAGCCCAAUGUGUUAAGUAUUAAAUACCUGGUACAAAAGCAGCAAAACUGAAGCUCUCUGGAAAGUUACGGCAAUAGCGGUCUGGGAAUUCUGGGCCUUUAGAAAUAGUGAUUCCCAGUGAUGCAGGGAUGGGCAGCAUCCAGACACUGUUUAAUCACAGCGAGCUGCCAUCUUGCCUCAUUAAACUGUAUCUUAUAACAUAGAAGUGAAUGAAAAUAUAUCAGGAUUUGGGAAUUUACUAUUCCUUGACCUCCUUGCACAUAUAAAUUAAAGACGUUCUGGAAAAUAUGAGGACUUGAUAUUCACUGGCCUAGAGCACUUUUCUCCAACCUUUUAGAUUCCUGCAUUCUAUUAGUAAAAUAUUGUAGCACAACAACUCUGUAGGCUGAUACAUGGUGCUCUCAAUCCCUAUACUACAUAUUAGGACAGCUUUUCUAAAUGAGCAUGAAUAUGAAUAGAAAUUCUAGUAUUUUAUUCACCUACCACAGUGAAUCAUCUUUAUAUUUUACUUUGUAAACUGCUACAGUUGGCCAGUGAGUCUUCAUUUUUAUUGAGUCACAUGUCACUUUGAGAGCUGGAUAAAUGAUAAAAGACAAACUACCAGCCCUCCAAAAAUGUGUAUAUGGACCCACACCAGACAUAUAUACUUCGAGAGCUUGGGGAAUCUUGCUAGAAUGUAUUCUUCAGCCACCCUAGUGACCGAAGUACCAUAGACCAUAUUGUCUAGAUGGGACAAAAUAAUAAAUUUUGACUAAGAACUUAUUGUUUAGAGAGAGAAAAUAGUAAACAAUGUUUGAAAUGAGAACACAAUAAAUAACUGACAAGUCUGUGACUUUUGGUUUAGAUGAGACCACUUUUGAUUUUGAGGAAUGAAAGGAGUUAGGUUUUGGGUCCUGAUGUAUACGUGAUUCAUGGAGUUUCAGAUACAGACAAUAGUUUUCUUUUCAGCAAUAUUUAACAUACCUCUCAACAUAUUUUUUGUCAAUUUUUGGUAAAUACACAUUGCUAUAGAUAUACCAGUUUAUUGGUUAUGUUUAGUAACUAAUUUCAUUUUUUCUCUCUAUGUAAGUAUAGCUAUUGGACCUUGCAUUGAAAACCUUCUUUGUACUAACAAUCGUCCUUUUAUUAUUACUAUAAUAGUUGCUUUAAAUGACACAUUUAUUUUGAGUUCUACUUCCGGCAGAGUUGCAAAGUCUAUCAGAAUGUUACCUCCUGUCUCAAAAGCGUGUUAGAUAUUGCUGCCACCUAAAUAUUGUAAUAAAAGUGUUUAAAUAAAAAUCUUCUUAACAUUUAAAA